AUGGCUGAAAGUAGCUCCGAUAAGACAUGGGCACAAGAUGUUUUCAGGUGUGAAUCUUGUAGACGAGGUCCAGUGAAAUUGUAUUGCACUUUCUGUCCAGCCAAACUAUGUACAAAUUGUUCUUCUGAUCAUAUUUUAUCUGAUCAAUUAAAUCGACAUGAAAUCAUUGCUUUUAAAAACAGAGAGACUGCCACAGCCCAAAGUGAAUUGCAAGUAGAUUGUCCUUGCCAAGAAUGUAAGGACAAAGAACGUACCAAACAUAAUAUGGAAAACAUCAGCGAUGCUCUCAGAUCAAAAAUUGAUCGUCUUCAAAAAGAGGCUGAGAUGAUUAAAUCACAGAAAAUGCCAGAAAUUGUACGACUUUGGAAGGAAAUACAGAAUAAAAUAGAUGAAAUUCAGGCAACGUACGAGCUUAGAGUCAAUGAAGUCAUUCUUCAGGGUAAACAAUGGCACUCGGCAGUGGACAAUCUAGUACAAGAAUACGAAGAUGAACUUUUAACAAUGAAAGAAAGCGACUUGAGAGAGUUCCAGAGACAACAAGAAAAAUUUGAAACCCUUUUAACAAAAGCAAAACGUAAGCUGAAGAUUCAUGAGUCUACAGAUAUUUCUCAGAUGGAAAAUUUCUGCUUUCCUGAUAUGGUUUUUCCAGAUCCAAUACUUUGGACAGGUCCUAACUUUGUUCCAAUCAAUGUCACUAAGGAAACCAUUCAACAUUUGUUCGGAACUUUGACACACAGCUCUGUCAAAUUUUAUACGACACAACAAAGUGCUUCAACCACUCCGCAGAGACAAUUAACUUUGGGAUUCCGAAUGCAAAAGUAUCGACCUGCACAUGAAAUUUGUAGGUGUGCACAUCCUCAAAUAUUAAGAAGUUUUUCCAGCGGUGAAAGUAAAUGUGCACAAUGUAAAAAGUUUAUCAAAUGA